AUGCACACCCCCACCACCACCAAAGCCGUCGUCAUCGUGGCGCCCGGCAAGGCGGCCGUGCAAGAGGUGCCGCUUCCAAAGCUGCACGACGGCUAUAUUCUGGUGAAGGUGCGCGCCGUCGGCCUCAAUCCCACCGACUGGAAGAGCAUCCAUGCGCCGACUGCGCCGGCUGGCGCGCGGUCCGGGUGCGACUACGCGGGCGACGUCGUCGAGGUCGGCGCGGGUGUUGAUGGGAGGUUUGGGAAGGGGGAUCGGGUCGCGGGGAUGGUGUUUGGAGGAAACCCGAAGCAGCUCGACAGCGGCGCCUUCGGCGAGUACAUCGUCGCGAAGCAGCACCUGCAGAUCAAGAUCCCGGAUAAUAUCAGCUACGAGGAGGCGGCGACAUUGGGUGUGUCGAUCACGACUGUGAGCUCACCUGAACCGCGCGCACCACCACAGGGCCAGGGCCUCUACAAGAAGCUCGGCCUGCCGCUUCCCCCGGCGCAGGACGGCCGCACCAUCUUGAUCUACGGCGGCAGCACGGCAACGGGCAUCUACGGCAUCCAGUUCGCCAAGGCGUCGGGACUGAGGGUCGUCACGACGGCGUCGCCGCGGAACUUUGACUUCCUGAAGGCGCUUGGUGCUGAUGCUGUGUUUGAUUAUAACUCGCCGACGUGCGUGAGGGAUAUUCGGGAGUACACGGGGAACGAGCUGAGGUUGGUGUGGGAUUGUGUGGGUGCUGGUGAGAUUUGCGCAACGGCCCUAAGCAACAGCCCCUCAGGCCCAGCCCCCAAAUACGCGCACAUCACCAAGGUGAAGCGCGAGGAAAUCGAGCCGAUCAACGCGCGCAUCGACGGCCCGCACUUCACCGUCGGCUAUGACGCGCUGGGCGAGCCAUACAACCGCAUGGGCGUCGAACAUACGCCGCAGGCUGACGAGGCGGACCACGCCGCCAUGUUCUGGGAGCUCGUCCGGAAGCUGCUGGAGGCGGGCGACGCGGUAAGGCCGCUGCGGCCGACGGUCAAUCGUGGCGGGAGCGGGCUUGAGGGCGUGCUGGGCGGGCUGGAGGAGUUGAGGGCGGGACGGGUUAGUGGGGGGAAGUUGGUUUAUACGUUAUGA